UCUCGCUGCUUGGGAUGUGAUUUACAGAGUCUCCGGUAAAUUGGUAGCCAUGAGCCUCAGGGAUGUCGGGGGAAACAAGCAGGAACAGUUCUACGGUAGUUGUUUUUUUAGUAACUGCAGCUGGAGGAAGUGCGGCACUUCCUCCGGUGUAUGUCUGGUGUUAAUUCUUGCUAUACUGCUGCUUCUGCCCCCGGCCUCCUUGUGCACGGUUUGUCAAGCAGAAGCUGGGGCCCCAUGGAGGAGGAAGGAUUCAACAACACUCCUGGCAGAUCCAUAUAUUUCUUUGAACCCGCCUUGUCUAACUGAAGAGGAACGAUCCAGUCUGGAGGCUAUUCGCACAAUUCACAAACAAAUGGAUGAUGACAAAGAUGGUGGUAUUGAGGUGGAAGAAAGUGUUGAGUUUCUUCGUGAAGAUAUGAAAUACAAAGAUGCAUCACGUAAGCAUAACCAUUUGCACCGUGAAGACUCGCAUAUCACAGUUGAGGAUUUAUGGAGGAAGUGGAAAACAUUAGAAGUUCACAACUGGAUGGAAGAAGAGACAUUACAGUGGCUGCUGGAGUUUGUUGAACUUCCCCAGUAUGAGAAGAACUUCAAUGAGAAUGCUGUGAAAGGAACGGCCCUGACCAGAAUAGCAGUAAAUGAACCAGCGUAUAUGAUCGCGCAGUUGAAAAUUAUUGAUCGAAGCCACCGGCAAAAACUACAGCUAAAGGCACUGGAUGUGGUUUUGUUUGGCCCACUGACAAGACCUCCUCAUAAUUGGGUGAAGGACUUUGUACUGACAAUAUCUAUUGUGAUUGGUGUUGGAGGAUGCUGGUUUGCCUAUACACAGAAUAAGACCUCAAAAGAACAAAUAUCGCAAAUGAUGAAAGAUUUGGAAGGGCUUCAAAAAGCUGAGCUAAGCCUUAUGGAACUCCAAGAGAGGCUAGACAAAGCACAAGAGGAAAACAGAACAGUAGCUGUGGAAAAGCAAAACCUUGAGCGCAAAUUAAUGGAUGAAAUCAGUGAUGCAAAACGGGAGGCGCAUCGACUGCUGGAAUUGAGGGAAGGUGCAGAAUGUGAAUUAAGUAGACUAAAAUAUGCAGAAGAAGAACUCGUACAGGUUCGCAUGGCUUUGAAAAAAGCUGAAAAGGAGUUUGAAUUGAGGAGUAACUGGUUUGUUCCAGAAAGCUUACAAAAAUGGCUCCAGUUAACACAUGAGGUGGAAGUACAGUACUACAACAUCAAGAAACAAAAUGCUGAAAUGCAGCUUGCGAUUGCUAAAGAAGAGGCAGAAAAAAGAAAAAAGAAGAGAAGUACCAUUUUUGGGACAUUACAUGUUGCACACAGUUCAUCCUUGGAUGAGGUGGACCAUAAAAUUCUUGAAGCAAAAAAAGCACUCUCUGAAUUGACUACAUGUUUACGGGAGCGCCUUUACAGUUGGCAGCAGAUAGAGAAGAUGAGUGGCUUUCAAAUUGUGCAUAACUCAGGUUUGCCAAACCUGACUUCCUCACUGUACUCAGACCAGAGUUGGGUGGUAAUGCCUAGAGUUUCAAAUCCUCCUUAUCCUAUUGCUGGCGGCGUGGAUGAAUUGGAUGAAGACACACCUCCAAUAAUUUCACAGUUUCAUGGAUCCAAUAUAAAAGCUCAUGGGACAUUGGCAAGAAGCAGCAGUAUGUGUCGCCCACGACGUACUGUAAUUCCAGCUUCGCCUCAGACUCCACAUGUCCUGCAGUCACCUGAUCCAGAUAUUCUAUCUGUUUCAAGUUGUCCUGCUAUUUACCGCACUGAAGAGGAAGAGGAUGCCAUCUAUUUCAUUGCAGAAAAGCAGUGGGAAACACAAGAUCCUGGCACAGAAAGUGAUGCUUUAAAUUCUUCAAUUGGAAGAAGGCAAUCUCCUCCUUCAAGCCUUGAAGUGCAAGUCACAGGUCAUACAAGAAAGAUAUCAAGGGAGGAAACUUCUUGUGAAGAAUCAUCUACAGACUUUCCUUUAACAGCAGAUGUUCCUAUAGCUACUCCUGAUGCACCUAGUCUGACAGAAAGCCAAAGCAUGGCUUUCAGCCCAGCUAGCAAGUUUUACAAUGGCAUUCUGGAGAAAUCCUGCAGCAUGCACCAACUCCCCAGUGUUCUACCGGUCCCUAAGCCACCUUAUUCACCGUUUCCUUCUUCCCCAAAUGAUGGCAAGCCAGUUCAACAAGUCCAUGGUAUCCCGGUAUUAAAGACUAUGUCUCACGAUCUUCCCCAAAAUGGGGAGAAAAAUAAAAAGUCAUCCAAAAUAAAAAUACUUUUUAAAAAGAUAUCAAAAUAG